AUGAGAAAGAAAAUUGUUUCACAAAAGCCACCACGUGAAAAGAUAUACAGGCUUCCUGCAAAACAAAAACCCUCAACUCGCUCUCAAGACCGAACCUUCACUCCAUCUCCUUCUCCUCUUACCUCACCUCCUCGGUCUGAUCCCAUGGCACGCACUAAGAACCCAUCAAGGUUUACUCCUUUAAUCAAGCAAACGCCACCACCGAAGGAACUUCCAUCCAAACCUGGUUCGUCGAAGCUGAGUUCAUCGAAAGGGAAAAGACCAGCCGUGACUGAACCUACCUUUGAGCCCACUCAACCUAAAAUAAGGUCUGUUCCCUUGCAUUCUCAAAAAGGUAAACCUCGACUCCCUCUUAAAUCUGUUAGAGAACCAGACAUUGAUGCUUUUGCUCAUAAAUCCCACUUCAUGACAUCUCACUCCAACCAUAAUCCUUAUAGAUUUAAGUCUGCCAUGAAUAAUGACUUUUAUGAAAGAGUUAUUAAGUACCAUACCCUGUGCCCCUCUUUUCUUGCUGAUUUGCCAAACCUGUAA